UCUUCACUUAUUCCGAAACCCCAAUCAAACGAGAAGCCAGUAAACAAAAUCAGUAGUAUCAAAUUCGCCCUAGAAGAAGAUGAGUAGCAUAGGAACAGGUUACGAUCUAUCGGUUACAACCUUCUCACCGGACGGUAGGGUUUUUCAGAUCGAGUACGCUGCUAAAGCUGUCGAUAACAGCGGCACCGUCGUCGGCAUCAAAUGCAAAGAUGGCAUUGUUAUUGGAGUAGAGAAGCUGAUUGCGUCGAAGAUGAUGUUGCCUGGAUCUAAUCGUAGAAUCCACUCCGUGCAUCGUCAUUCUGGGAUGGGUGUAGCCGGAUUAGCUGCAGACGGGAGACAGAUUGUUGCAAGAGCCAAAUCUGAAGCCCAAAACUAUGAAAGUACUUAUGGCGAACCAAUUCCAGUUAAAGAACUUGCUGAGCGUGUUGCUAGCUAUGUGCAUCUAUGCACACUUUAUUGGUGGCUCAGACCUUUUGGAUCUGGGGUGAUUCUUGGAGGUUAUGACCGUGAUGGCCCACAGUUAUAUAUGGUUGAACCUUCCGGUGUUUCCUAUAGAUAUUUUGGAGCUGCAAUUGGGAAGGGAAGGCAGGCUGCUAAAACGGAGAUUGAAAAGUUGAAGCUUUCUGAGAUGACCUGUCGUCAAGGGGUUAUUGAAGUAGCAAAAAUAAUCUAUGGAGUACAUGAUGAGGCAAAGGACAAGACCUUUGAAUUGGAGAUGAGUUGGGUCUGUGAUGAAUCAAACCGCCAGCACCAGAAGGUACCCGAAGCACUUUUGGAGGAGGCAAAAGCAGCAGCUAAAGCAGCAUUGGAAGAAAUGGAUGCUGAUUAAGAUCCCUUAAUAAUAUAUUACUCCCCCUUUGUGUUUGUGGUUGUCUUACUCUUGGAUUUAAAUUUGUUAGACACCUUGAUCCAGCAUAUUUUAAGUUUGGUUGCUAUUAAUCAUCAAAGAUUGUAGUAUUUCACAACA